AUGGCGGCACCGACGCUUGUCUUCCUGGCUCUCAGUUUCUUGUUCUUGAGCCUUGCUCAUGCGGAGGAUGGCUACUUCGUUGUCGGCGCCCUUAGCCAGUAUACUACCAAUGGGGUUGCUACACCUGCCCUGACGGGUUCCACGAUCGAAUUCACUGCAGUAGAUGACCCGGCGGAACACGGGCUUCUGGUUUUCCUGUCUCCGGAUAUGCAGUCCGACCUGAAAUCUGUCAUGGAUAGUAGAUGCGCGAUAGAGAUCGAUACCGGCUGCUUUCAAGGGGUGCAGGAUGUGCUGGAAGCGGCAACCGUGUGA